CGAGAGGCGCGAGUAAAACAACAGGGUGAGCGCGUACCCUUGGACCUGGCCCGAUGCAGUUCCUUCUCACCGCUCCACUGACGUCAGCCUGAUUAUCACGUAUAAGAAACUUUCCAAAUUUUCCACGCAAAAAGAAAGAGGAAAAAAAAAGGAAAAAGGAAAAGGAAAUACAUCAUUUCAUGGAUACUUCUGUGCGAAACGUUCUCCAAAGCAAGAGGAGGAUUAUCAUCUCGGUCGAUCUUAACGAGUACUCGUUGGUCGCCAAAAAGUAGCAGAGCCUGUGGUGCAAGGAACUCGUUUCGAGGCCGAGCGCAGGCCACGCAUAUCGAAAUCCUGGGACCAGUGACCCGUACAGGAAAUCGUACUCCGAGCCUCUGCAUCGCCCAUCGAUGAUUGCUUUCCGAUCCACGCUGCGAGAGCAGGCCACCUCUUAGUGUUUACGAGAGCGCACGAUCGAGCACACGUCCGGACUACAGCCGACUUGCCUACGCUACCACGAUAAUUGCCGUUCGCUUUCACCUAAGAACCGAGCCGACUAUCCAAAGGAACGGUUCGUUCCGUGAUCAAUCGAAUAAUUUCGUGAUCAACAGUCGAGUGGAAGAAGAAUCGUUUGAUAGAGACACGAUUCGGAGUUAGAGAGUUUGGCUAAUUAAAGAGAGGAUUUUGAUGGUGAAAGUGGUACGCGAGUGAUCGAAAGUAUACUCCAUUGUGAUUUCAAGAUCAUAGACGUUUAGGUGUUUGGAUAAAGUUUUAUCGGAGGUUCGAAGAAGAAGGUAGAAUCGAGAGGACUUGGCGAUGUCGGUGUGAGGAUUCGGUUUAAAGUGGUUCUCGCCUGAUACUCCAGCGUUUCGUUGGACCAAUUUAAAGACAAGGGAAUAGGGAGGAAAAAAGCCGGCAAACUGGAUGCUCCAGACGGUGCCUCGCCUUCCGCGCCCCCGCCUGACAUUACUGUCACCCAAGAUGACCGCUUCGGGAAGCGGACGGGUGGCAGCGCCAGAAGACCCAACGAAUGCUUCGUCCUCGAGCCCUCCGAGAUGAUCGUCAUCGACUAUCCGGAAGUGCAUGGAGGAAGGAUGCAUCGACCACCGCACCCCCAUCCCAUAACCGACCAUCGACAGGUCAACCUGGUCUUCGAUGAUACGUUUUCUCAAGGCCUGACAGGCAGGCCAGAGCUGUACCAAAAAUCCAACAGAAGCAGCCAUUCGAGUGACACGAGUUCAGCGUACAGUGGAUCAGACACAAUGACAUCUGUACAAAGUUCAUUAGAUGCUGAUGCAGAUGACGUUGAUCUGUCAGGGCUUGUUGAAUCCAUAGUGGACAGUGAUGAGGAAGAAGAUCUUGCAGAGAGUAUGGAUAGUUUGACUGUCCGUGAUCCAGUCAGAGAAUGUUUAGAGAAAGAUCCCAUGGAAAGAACUGAGGAUGAUAUAGAGACACUGUUAGAAUUCACGCAACAAUUGAAGGCCUUUACAAAUAUGACUUUGGCAGUGAGAAGAGCGCUGUGCGCUGUGAUGGUGUUUGCUGUGGUGGAACGCGCUGGUAUGAUAGUUUUAAAUGAUGGAGAAGAACUGGAUAGUUGGAGUGUGCUCAUUAAUGGUGCAGUGGAAAUUGAGCAUAGUAAUGGAGAAAUUGAACAGUUACACCUUGGUGACAGUUUUGGAAUCUUGCCCACUAUGGAAAGGCUUUUGCAUAGAGGUGUCAUGAGAACAAAAUGCGAUGACUGCCAAUUUGUAUGUGUCACACAAGCGGAUUACUUUAGAAUUCAGCAUCAAGGAGAAGAGAACACGAGGAGGCACGAAGAAAACGGAAGAGUGAUUUUAGUCACUGAAUUGAGGGGUGCUUUAGAUGGUGGAGCACGAAGAGGUCAUGUAGUGAUUCGUGGAACUCCCGAACGUUUAAUGUUACAACUUAUCGAAGAAAACAGUAUUACCGACCCAACUUAUAUAGAAGAUUUCUUAUUAACUCAUCGAACAUUUAUUGAUAGUCCUUUAUUAGUUGCAAGUCAAUUGUUAGAGUGGUUUGAUCAAUCACAAGUCAGGGACAGAGUUGCUCGCGUAGUACUUCUUUGGGUAAAUAAUCAUUUCACGGAUUUUGAAACUGAUCCAUCGAUGAUGGAGUUUUUAGAAGCAUUUGAAGCUGGAUUGGAAAGAGAAAAGAUGCAAGGUCAACAAAGAUUAUUAAAUAUCGCGUGCGCGGCGAAAGCAAGAACGCGAAACGUAACGUUAGCAAGGCCUUCCAGGGAUGAGAUCCUGCAUUUUAGUAUUUUAGGGGGAUACGAAAGGGGUUUUGGUAUUUUUAUUUCAAAAGUUGAUAAGAAAUCGAAGGCCGAGGACGUUGGUUUGAAACGAGGCGAUCAGAUUUUAGAAGUGAACGGACAGAGCUUUGAGCACGUGAGUCACGCCAGGGCUCUUGAAAUUUUAAGAGGAUCCACUCAUCUCAGUAUAACUGUCAAAUCCAAUUUACUUGCGUUUAAAGAAAUGCUUCAGAUGCCAGACGAUUCGCCGAGGCCGCGGGGAAGAGCGAAUAAGCCUGAGAUUUCAAGACUACAAACCGAUCCGCGCGCAAGGUUGUCCACCCAUGUGGAUCCGAUAACUCCAGUUAAUCCUCUGGUGGGCGGUGUUCCAUUAUUAAUUCCCGAUUCGAAUGUUUCUCCGUGUAAAGAUGCUAAAAAGGAGCAUAAAGGAUUCAUGACACUUGGACCGAAAAGGAGAUUACAGAAAGCUCUAAUGAAAAUGAAUAUACUGCCAAAGAAUACUAUUAACGAUGGUGUACAUGUAGAUGAUCCCCUCGCACCUCCUCACACACCACCGGGAACAACAGGACUCGCACAGACUACUAAUCUUUAUCACUCCAAAAGUAAUCCCGAUCUUACGUCGUUGUAUUGCUACGACGACUUAAGGGCGCCCGAUUAUCCUGAACACGUUUUGAAAGUUUAUAAAGCCGAUCAAACUUGUAAAUAUCUUCUUAUUCACAAAGAAACGACAGCGCACGAGGUGGUAAUGCUUGCUCUGCAAGAAUUUGGUAUAACCGAGAGCAGUUCGAAUUUUUCUUUAGCCGAAGUCAGCGUCGGAGAAGGGGGUAUGAUCAAACAGCGCAGGUUACCCGAUCAAUUACAAAAUCUUGCAGAACGAAUCGGCCUGAGUUCUCGGUAUUAUUUAAAGACCAAUGGUAUUUCGGAGACAUUGGUAGCUGACGAACAGGCACCUGAAUUGAUUCGCGAAUCUCAGGUUCAUUUCUUGCAAUUAAAUGCCGUUGAAGUUGCCAUUCAGUUAACUUUGCAAGAUUUUAGUAUAUUCAGACAAAUUGAAUCUACGGAAUACGUGGAUGAUUUGUUCGAGCUGAAAAGCAGAUACGGAGUACCUAUGCUUAGGCAGUUUGCGGAACUAGUCAACAGAGAAAUGUUUUGGGUUGUGACGGAAGUUUGUUCCGAGCACAAUCUCGUUCGACGUAGUAAAAUAAUAAAACAAUUCAUAAAAAUAGCACGACAAUGUAAGGAGUGUAAAAAUUUCAAUUCCAUGUUUGCGAUCGUGUCCGGUCUGGGUCAUGGGGCUGUCUCAAGACUACGAGCUUCUUGGGAAAAACUGCCAAGUAAAUAUCAGAGGCUCUUCAGCGACUUGCAAGAAUUAAUGGACCCCAGUCGCAAUAUGAGUAAAUACCGGCAAUUGGUGGCAUCCGAGCAAACGCAACCUCCUAUAAUUCCAUUUUAUCCAGUGGUGAAGAAAGACCUGACGUUUAUACAUUUGGGUAACGACUCGAGGGUGGAGGGUUUGGUAAACUUUGAAAAAUUACGAAUGAUCGCGAAGGAAGUGAGAACGUUAACGAACAUGUGCUCUUCGCCUUACGACUUAUCAAUAAUGUUAGAAAGAGGCGGCCAGCCACCCAGUUCAGCAAUGGUCGCGUUAAAUCAAAUGACGACAGGGAAUCAAGUGUUACAAUGUCCAGGAGGACAGACGGCGACGGUGAAAAGGCGGAAAAAGUCGACAGCCGCGCCAAACCCGAAGAAAAUGUUCGAGGAGGCGCAGAUGGUACGACGAGUGAAAGCGUAUCUCGCCAAUAUGAAAGUCAUCACUGACGAGGAGCGGUUACACUCUCUUUCCGUCGAGUGCGAACCUCAUGCAGGAGCUGUUGCAGUAGCUGCUGCGGUACCCCUUAGUACAAGCAGAGGAAGAAGGCAUCCUUCUCCUACUUUAUCAACUACGAGUAGUGCCAGUAGCACCAGCGAAGGUAGAAAGAGUAUACAAGGUACAAAGUUCGGAGCAGCAUCGCCACAGGCUGUACGAAAAAUGUUGGCUCUCUCCGACCCUCACAAAACUCGUCCAUACCAACCUAAACAUUGUCCACCACCGCUUCCAGUACCAGGGUUAGCCCUGCAUUCCAGCGGACUGGAGCCUAGUCCUGGUGCACCUAGGAGAGUAGGAUCUGGUAGCCGAGUUCCUAUGCAUGAGCGAUCCCAUAGCGAUACUCCUUCCAGUUUACCACCGCCUGUUGAUCUAAGUGCCGAAAGUAGUAGCGUAACCAGCUUGAGCAAUCUUCAGCCGUUAAGAAAAACGUUGACCAGCGGUUCGGUGACGAGCAGUGACAGUGGUCACAGUACACAGCUGGACAGCCACAGUGGAAGCAGCGUGGAAGCUGGUGGUAGUCCACCUCCACCUCAAAGACGUCAUUCCGCCAUGCAAGGUACUACGGGAUUAGGAGUAGGCGUGGGUCUCGGAGUACAGACGGCGCAUCCUCCUCCAGGAGCUGGCACGACGAUUAUGACCACGAUGUCGACAUCGAUGACCACGAUGCGUCCAGGAGUGGGUAGUACACAGUGUCGUCAACCACCUGCGUACAAAGUUGCGGCACAGAUGGCAAGGUUGCACAGGCUUGGCCGUGCUCACAGCCACGAGGGUGUUACCUACAGGACCGACCAUGAAGAUGACGACGAGGACGCCCAGGUAUCAGCGGUUUAAAACGGUCCACGUCUCCAAGGGGUUUCCGGUCAUCCUUUUGUUUCACCUGCUCAUCGCACUGUUUCUUCACGCGACCAAGAGGAACACAAACUUUCGUUAUCAUGUGCCACGUGAAAACAGGAACGUUACUGAAGUAACGAACAAAGCUCGUGUGUACCGUAUCUCCAAUAAAGAAACCCAAUAGGGGAGAAGUAUACAGAAGGGUACACGAAGGAAUGCGAGAAAAUAAAUCGUCAAACGCACAGUUUCUUUCGAUGUCCGCCGCAUCGGAAGUCGAAACAAUAAUACCGGUUCCAAGGAGGAUCCUUGGAUAAGCGAACGAAGCGCUCGUCUUCCAGGAUUGCACGCGAAAGUAGCAGAUGAUAGCCACUGAAGAUACAUAAAAGAGAGAAAAAAGUAAAAACGAACGUCGAUACGAUUCGGGAAGCGCAGAAAAGACAAAAGGAAGAAGAUAGACUGAGAAAAAUAUGUAAAAGAAUUUCUCUUUAGAAAGAGGUGCCACGAGUUUCACACGUAGCGGCUACUCCAGAGAGAGAAAGAGAGACUAGGCGCGUGAAUUUACGGUCAUAAGUAAUAUUCUCUAUAAAUGUGUAAUAAAAAAAAAAAUCGAGUCCAAAGAUGUUAUAUAUACCGCGUAAUCGUCGCAGGGAGUACGAACGAAGGCGUGUCUUGUAUUAUAAUUACUUUUUAGGCUAACCCCCGAACGCCCAGAGUAGUUUAAGUAUACGUUUCUUUUUUUUUUUUGGUGUACAUAGCGUGUAGCGUUUAAUGUAGCCUGUAAUGAGAGAGAGAGAGUGUAUCGUGCGUGUAUGUAAGAGAGAAUGAGAGAGAGGGAAUUUAGUGCAAAACGAACACGGAUCGUGUUGUCCAUCAUCAUUGAGCGACGUUUCUUUUCUUCGUUCUUUUUCUUCUGUACACGCGGCGAGAUUUUUUAAUUAUGUUAUCGACAGGCUUUGAGAUGAAUUUUACUUCUCGCUAAUUAUGUCUUUGACGCGCGUGUACACUCGCGGUCAGAUCAGGCUUCCCCUGGAGAAAUGAUGUCGCCCUUCCCUAUUGGUGGUCCCGAGGUGAAUAACAGUGGAGGGGAGAUUUCUAUAUAUAUAGGACCUUCGCGAAACCACCAAUCGCGUAUAGUCUUUUAUGCGGGAAAAUUUGAAUUGACAUUUACUCUGUUAUUCGUACUCUUCAGUUCUAUGCUAAAUUUUAUAAUAUUUAAUAACUAAAGGUUAUAUUUUCUUCUCGAAAUCACUUUUAAUAUUAAUAUCGUAUUUUAAAAAUUCAUAUUUUCUCUACAUCGUUAUUUUCUUUAGGAAAUCCUGAUUUGAUCGCGGGUGUACUAUUAUUUUAUCAUUGACGCGAUCACAAGUACAAAGUAUUUUUGCAGAAAUCACGGAGAAACGAGAAUUUUCGCGUAGAAAAGUAUACGCUGGGCUUUUGAAAUUCUUUUUUUUUAUUGCUUUUUGCGUGCGCGGAAAUGAAAUAAUUAAUAACGCGCGAUCGUUCCAAGAGCGACAGAAGAGAAACGAAGGAUGCAACAAGGUAUUAAACUCGGAUAUAAUAUUAGUGAUUCGAUUCGCAUCGCGUAUGCUCAACUUAUUUUUACCGAGUAAUUAUUAAUCGAAACGAAUUUUUAGAUCUGCUGUAACUUAUUAGAGAAUGUCGUCUCGAAUUCGAUCUGUCGUUGUCGAAGGUGAUGGAUCAUCGGUAACUAAUAUUUUCCGAAAUUUUAUCAGUAUCACGGUACUCUUAAUUUUAUAUACAAAGAAACAAAAAAUAUAUAUAUAUAUAUAGAAAUAUAUAUCUGUAUGUAUAAUCCGCGCCGUGCGAGAAGAGCGUAUUAAACAAGAGAACGAGAAUCUUUCUUCGAGCCUUCUAUCAAGGAGAGACGAAAUUGAUUCUUAAAGGCGAGAUGAUCGCGAGUCAUCGCGAGACCGGACGACAAUUAAGAAUCAACCCGGUUUCGCUAUUUAUAAUUAUCGAUACCGAAUAAAACGUAUGGUUUUUCCCGCGUUCACGGCUAGGAUCGUCGUCGUUCGAUCACGACGGUGGUGUCAGAGGGGGCCUAACUUCCGAGGCAAUCUCCAAUUCGCGAUGAACGAUCUGGCGGGAAACGCGCGCGGAAAGCGAGCUGAAUGUCUCGAGGAUUAACACGGUGCUUCCUAUUCUCCUCUCUCCGUCGCCUACACGCUCGAUAAUCGAGCGCACUCUCGACAUUCCACGUGGUUGCGUCCAGUCGUGAAUCGUCGCCAAAAUGCUUCCACUCGGCCGACUGAUUACCGUCUCGAGCGCGAACGACUGCUUUUCAAUCCUUACUCGCAUAUACAUUUGGAUGUAAUAUAGAUUUUCUUUAAUUAACAAUUUAGCUAAGAUCAUGUAAGCGUUUAAAGUGACGCUUAUCGAAAUGGAAACUGAUGUAUAGUCACCUAGGCUCUCCUUAAAUAAUUCAAAAUAUAAAGGAAGAUUAUUCUACUCUGGGUUCUUCCUUGAUUUUCCCAAAAUUAAAAGCAAGUGGUGGGAAGGCAUCACUGGAUUUCAAUUUUGGGAUAAUCUAGGGGCAACCUGUGGAGGACACAUGAGUGUUAUUUAACUCCUGUAGAAAGAUUUUGAUCAAUAGUUGUUUUAAAUGCUUGUGUGAUCCCAGUGUAUGUGUGGGAGGAGGAAUCUUCCAUUUCUUGCUUUUGGUUUUGGAGAAAUUGAAAUAGAGCCUAGGGCUGUUUAAGGGAGCCUAGGAAGAGCCUCCUUCACUUCCCUUAACUAAAGAAGGUCUACUUUACAACCAGGUGUAUCUUUUAGUAAAAUACGUGAAACGCUGGUCGAACACCGUGCUGAUCCUCGCCAGGCCGAUCCGCGUCGACAAACCGAGCCGAGGACGAUCAGUUCGGCUCGGUUUCAUCGCGGAUCCAGCUACAGCAGCAGCGACAUUUACUGCGUAUUCAUAUUAUAAUAUCUCUUUGUACAUAUCCUUCAAUGACUUUUAAAUAUUAUUAUUAUUAUUAUUAAUCGAACGUUCUCGAAGAGGGUCUUAAGCGGACGUUUUACAAUGAUACCUCUUUAAAUGGCACAUUUUCUAUUUCUAUUUUUUUUUUUUUUUUUUUUCUAAGUGGUAAAUUGUCCUCUUCGUUAUUUUGUAAGGGUGACCAUGUAAUAUAUAAUCGAUGGUGAAGAACUUGGAAACAGUAGUGUUAAAUUAUGAAAUAGAUAAGGUGGGAAGAUUAGUCAUUUAGAGAGGUGAUAUUGUAAUGUCUAGCAUUUAUAGAUCGUAAAGGUUGUUCGUGAGCGUCGAAGGAAAUAGAGACGGGCAGUACAUAGCGACGCUAUUUCCGUUUCUUCGAACGUUUCUAAGGCCAACAUCCUCUCCCUUUUGCCUUUCUUUUCAACGUUUCUUAGGGAUCUUCCUUCUUGCUAUUCUUUUCUUUCUUGUUUCUUUCUUGCUUCUGUGCUUUUGGCGGUUCAAGAACACACGAUCCAUUCCAGAGAGCAUUUAUGCAUUGAUAUUUCAAGAUUCCAUUUCUAUCGAGAAUUGUUUCUAACAGUUUUUAUAUAUUUUUAAUAUCUUUGAUAUCUGUAAUCCAUAAAGAGUAAUUUAUUAGGUGUAAACAUUAAUUUAGUGCCUUUACUAUUACGUCUUCUUAUUUACUAUUUUAAAUUUGAAUGUUUUCCCGUGCUUUUUAAAAGUGGCGUGAAAAUAUUACAAUAACAAUUAUUUCAAUAAUUGAAACUGUUAAGGAUUUUAAAAAUAAAUCUUCAGUUUAAAAAAAGCUAAGGCACAGAGUUAAUUUGUAUACUUAAUAAUUAUAAAUUCCUUAUUUAAUGAAGAUCUUAUGUAGUCAUUUUCAACAAACUUUAAGCUUUAAGUUCAUAUAGGAUAAAUGUAAUUUCAUGAUACUUUUAUGUCAUCAAAUUUCAUUAGAUGUAACAAUCAUAUUAAUGAACUAAUUAUUUUCUAACCAAAAAUGAUUUCUUGUUUAACAAAAAAUUAAUGAAAAAUAAUCAUUUGAUUUUAAAUUGAAUUACAUUUUUUAAAUCAAUCAAAAAUGUCUUUGAAAGAAAAUGGAAUCCCAUAGAAAUAGAAAACGUUGAAAGACGAUAUAGUCUUGAAUUGCUGAAGCCUCGAAUCCUCCUUCUUCCCUUAAUUUUACAAAACUACCUUGUCGUAGAGGUCUGUGCGAAUAUGUGUGAGUGUUUGUCGAAGUGCAGAUAGCGCGAGUCAGAAAAUUAUAGACAAUUCUUCGAAUCUUCCACCCUAUUACCCUUUGACCAACUCUUUCGUUUUUAUUUAAUGCCCCUUAAUCCCCUUAUUCUCUUCUAUUCUUUUAAUUAUUUAUAUUAACUCGAAACGAGACGACUGCGGGUCGUGGUCGGCACCAAGAACACGGAACAGAGGAAAGCAACCUUUUGUAUUUAAUUUGUUUAAUAAAAUCUUGGAUCAUAGUACAACAUUCCCGACCGUUUCAGUUCCGUAGCACAAAUUUUUAUUUCUUCUUUUUUUUCUUUUACUCACACAAAGACGCGUCCCAUUCGUUCCUUAAACCCUUUCGUGACGAACAAAAUGGGAUGAAACAGUACAAAAAGAAAAUAUUGAAAGGAAACGCGAGGAAACACGUUCAGUUUUCUUUUUUGUACAUACAAGGCUAUCGUCCACGGUUUUUCGGUUUAUUUUUUCAUUCUUUGCGAAGAUAUCUCUGCGUACGGUAUUUUUUUUCAGACGCGAAUGGAACAUUAGGGCACACGUGAAAAAUGAUUGUCAUUUCGAUUCUUUGCUCUGGGGGUGGGGAUAGCAUUUUAACCCUUUAUUUGGCGACUCAGGGGAACAAUUGGGAAGAAUUUCAUUUCUUCUAUGUUUUAAUCCAUUAAUUUCCAGAAUUUAAACAUGGAUAUAUUAUUUCCAAGAUAAUACUUUUAUUAUAAGUAGUUAACACGUUAGGUGCCACUCACUCGAUAUCGCGUGCUCGCUCAUAAGAGUUUAAAUGUCGUAGCACACAACGAUGGGAAAAAAUGUUGUGACUAUUAACUUUGGGCAUUAAUGGAUUAAAUUGAUUCAUUUAAAAUUGAAAAUAGUAGUGUUAUAAGCUUGAUAAUUACAAUUAAUUUGGUCAGUAAUAAAUAAAUUUAUAUUUAUUAGAUAAUUUUGCAAUAAAUUAAUGCAAAUAUUGUAAGGUACUUAAUAUCCUUUUUAGAAAUUUAAGUCCUUAAAUGCUUAAAUUAAAAAAUUAAAUUUCUUUGUUUAUUAAAAGGGAGGAAGAUGUAUGAAAAAUAAAAGAAAAAAGAAAUAAAAUGAUAAGUGAAGAAGAUAGCCAAGUAAAGGGUUAGAAGAAUGGUAUUUUUAUAAGGUUUGCUACGAAUUAACGAUAAGCUUGAAGAGUUCUGAGGUCAAUGAGAGGUACCGUACAUAAGAGAAGAAUCCGUGGGAACGAAACUGGUGGUAAUACUACUGCUACUAUUUUGUACGAUACGAUGUUUUUGUAUAUCUGUCUACCGUAUGUAUAGGAACGAAGUCUACCGAUCAUAAUUAGAUGGUUGAAAUUGUAUCGAACACGUAUUAAACGAUUUGUAGCGUGACGAAGAGAAAGUACCGGUUGUAUUUACGACGAGUCACACAUAGAUGUUGUUCCCAUUUAAUGUACACCUGUAAAAUCCCUGUCAAACAAUAUAUGAGCUACUAAAGGA